GUCCUGGUCGAGCGAGAGAUCAACGCCAUGAAGGAGCACUGACGACUCCGAACUCCUAAAGGAGGAAUCAGCUCCUCUAAAGGAGGAAUCAGCUCCUCUGAGGGAGGACACAACUCCUUUAAAGGACUAACGGAGGCUAGAGGAGGCUACUGCUCGUCUAUGGAAGGGUACAGCGGCUCCAAACUCCUGCAGGAGGUAAACUUCCUCUAAAGAAAGGCUAACGGAGGCUGCUGAACACUGCAGCUCCUCCAGACUCCUGCAGGAGGUUUCAGCUCCUCUAAAGGAGGUUUUAGUUCCUCUAAAGGAGGUUUCAGCUCCUCUAAAGGAGGUUUCAGCUCCUCUAAAGGAGGUUUCAGCUCCUCUAAAGGAGGUUUUAGUUCCUCUAAAGGAGGUUUCAGUUCCUCUAAAGGAGGUUUCAGUUCCUCUAAAGGAGGUUUCAGUUCCUCUAAAGGAGGUUUCAGUUCCUCUAAAGGAGGUUUCAGCUCCUCUAAAGGAGGUUUCAGCUCCUCUAAAUAAGGAUAAAAUUCCUCUAAAGGAGUCAGAAGGAGGCUACAGGACACAACGGCUCAUCAGAACUCCUGCAGGAGGUUCAGCCUCCCACAGGAGGAGAAAACCCUUUAAAGGUGUCAGAAGGAGGCCAGGGCAGACUAGAGCUCCUCCAAACUCCUGCAGGAGGAUCAAACUUCUCUGCAGAACUCUGAAGGAGGAGACAAGGAGAUCAUGGCCGAGCCGCUGCUGAAGAGAACGUUCUCUAGACUGAGAGGGAGAGAGAGAACCCGCAGGAAGAACAACAAACCUGACGAUGUGCCAGUAAAGUCUGACUCUGCCCUCCUCAAGCCAUCAUCACCAUCUCUGAUGCCCUUUGACCCCUCCCCUUCCUCCACCAUCUGUAACCACAUCACUGUUGCUAAGAAACAGCAGUGGGCCCGCCAGGCUGCUGGGGCCCCACCCACCUACCUGCCUACAAGCCCUGCCCUCAGACCCCCAGGCUGGGAUCAAACCUUGGCAAUGCCCCCUGAUACAUCUGGUCAGGGGUGGAGUCAGAGGCUGGCACAGGAAAAGUCAGGUCGCUGUGGUGAUCCCACGUGUAUCAGACUGGACGGGGACCUGUCUGACCCCCCUUGUGGUCCUGUCAGCCUGACCCCAGUCCACCAUGAAGCGUUUAAACCAGUAGCAGGUAGUGCUGAGGCUCCACCCCCCUCCUACCUGCAGAGCCUGGAGCGCAGCAGCAGGGCCUGGGUUCUGUCCUCAGGAAAGACCCAGGCUUCAGACGAGGCCUGCGGGCUCCUGGAGGAGAACCCCACCAACAUCUGGUACAACCCCAUACCUGAGGAGGAGGAUGGGGGCGGAGCCAGCUACACCUGUGAGCGGGAGGAGGAUGGCGGCGGAGCCUGCCAGGGUGAGGACAUCUGGAAGAGGAGGGAGGAGGAAGAAGAGGGAGGAGCCGAGAGACAGGGGAGUGACUGUCCACAAGAGGGCGCCAAUCCAAACGUCAGCCACCUGAGUGAUGACAUCACAGUGGAGACACCAGAUUCUAGCCCCGCCUCCCAGAAAAAAGGAAGUGUGUCCAGCAGUGUGAUUGACAGGCUGAGGUCUCCAGGUACAGUUAGGAGACUCUCCCUAAAGAUGAAGAAACUUCCUGAACUGCGCCGUAAACUUAGCCUCCGCUCAUCGUCUCGAUCCAGCAGAAAUGACAACAAAGGGGGAGGAGAUGAGGCGACCAAUAAAAACACAGCAUCAUCAGCCCUGUCCAAUCAGAACGUUAUCAGCAGAUAUCACCUGGACAGCUCCGCGCCUCCAGACAGACCUCUGAGACGAUCAUCAAGAAGAAGAUCUGCAAGUAAAGGAGGUUAUCUGAGCGAUGGAGACUCACCUGAGCUCCUGCCACGGCAACAAGUCCCGCCCAUAACCCAACCUCAGGAAGCCUAUGACGUUAGCUCAUUUAGGCUGUAUGUGGGCUCGGAUCCCCCACGGUGCAGCCAGAGAGUGACAGGCUUACUGACAGUCCACCUGAUGGGACUGGAGGAGAUGAAAUCCAGCAGGUAUGAGGACAGUAAGGACGUCUUCCUCGCCAUCCAGGUCGAUGGAGUGACCAGAGCACGGACCGCCCUCCUGAGCCUACGUGGCCCUGCCCUUCCCUUAAACCACGCCUUUAACCUGGAGCUGGAGAGAGCCCGACAGCUCCGGAUCGUGGUCCUAACACCUGUGAAUCCACAGCCAUCAGGAACUAAACCAGGACCAGACCAGACAGCAGCUUCCCAGACCAGGAACAGAGUCUGUGGUCUGGGUGGAGUCUCCAUCCCCCCGCUGUUUAAAGGGAGUCGAUGUCAGCAGCUCUGUGUGAAGCUAGAGCCUCGAGGCCUGCUCUACAUCAAACUAUCACUGCAGGAGAAAUGGGACACCCAGCCAAGCUCUGACUCCUCAGCUCCAGCUAAUGUGUUUGGGGUUGAACUGCACCACCUGGUGGAAAAAGAAGGAUCUGCAGCCCCGGUGCCUCUGCUGAUCCAGAAAACCGUGGCAGAGAUUGAACACAGAGGACUUAAGGUGGUCGGUCUGUACAGACUGUGUGGCUCAGCAGCGGUGAAGAAGGAGCUCAGGGAUUGGUUUGAGAGGAACAGUGCAGCCGUGUGUCUCAGCGAGGACCUCUACCCUGACAUCAAUGUCAUUACAGGUAUCCUGAAGGACUACCUGCGGGAGCUUCCAUCUCAGCUAAUCACCAGGACUCUGUACCAAGUGGUCAGGGAGGCCAUGAAGGUCCACCCCCCUCCUGUUCUUCCUAACACCCCUGAUCCUGAUCUGUCCCAGAGCACCGUGGAGCUGUUAUCCUGUCUGCCACCUCCUGAGAGGGCAACCCUGUCCCUCCUGCUGGACCAUCUCAGCCUGGUGGCGUCCUUCAGCUCAUCAAAUAGGAUGACUCAUCAGAACCUUGCGGUCUGCUUUGGCCCCGUCCUCCUCACCCCAACCCAGGAGGCCUGGAGAGCAGGAGGUGGAGGGGGAGGGAGGGGAGGUAGAGGAGGAGGGCGAGGCCUGGGUCCUGGGGAGGAGCUGGCCAGUGCGGUGGACUUUAAACGCCACAUUGAGGCUCUGCACUACCUGCUGCAGCUGUGGCCAGUGCCGACUCAUCGACUACCAUCAGACAAAAACAUUGACGCCUCUCCGCCACCCUCCCCAACUCUUACCCAUCAGCCCCUGGGACAGCAGCAGCGGGGGCAUCCUACGCUGCGAUUGGCUGUGCCCCAGGAGGAGGAGGUAGUGGUGUCACGGAGGGGUCGAGGUGGUCCGACCCGGCUGGAGAGUCCACCACCCAUAAACCGGUACGCUGGAGACUGGAGCAUCUGUGGGCGGGAGCUUCUGACGGGACACGACGCCGACUAUGACGAGGUGGCAGGAAGUGAGAGCGACACAGGCAGUGCUGACGAGGAGAAGAAGGAGGCGUGGUCGUCAGGAGCAGGAGGCGGUCUUUAUGUCGAUGACUUCCUGGAUUUUGACGCUCCUUUUAACUGUCGGCUCAGCCUGAAGGACUUUGAUACUCUGAUCCACGACCUGGACCGAGAGCUUGCCAAACACAUCAACAUCUGCCUGUAGAGAGGCGGGAAUACCUCUGAUUGACAGGGUGCUACCAUGGCAACUCAAAUAAAUGACUCACUCAGUGUUAGUUUAAGUCAGGAAGUGACCAUAUUUGGAUGAGCUGGAGAGGCGGGAGGGUCCAGAUGUGGUUCUAACGAUAUCUCCAGAUGUUUGAAGGCCAUCAUGGAGAUGAGCUGUUUGUCUGUGCCAAAAAGAAGACAUAAAACUUUAUUUAUUAGUGUGAUCCAAAGAUGAACUCAUGAAGGAGGAGAAUGGGACUAAUCCUCUGCCUUAAAGGUGGACCAUCUUAAUAAUUAUGACUCUAUGCAGAUGAUGGCGUCCUGUGAAGGUCCAAAGAUAAACUCUAGCUGUGGUUCUGGGGAUCAGGGUUGGCUAUUAUUGCACUGUUGAAAUGUGUGAAGCUUUAACGUGAAGAGCUCAUUGGUCGUCUGGUUCAUCCAACCAGAGCAAAGAUAUGUAAAUAAGUGGAAUAAUAACUUUGAUUACAGCCAUCCUACAGCUCUCAGCGUUAACACAUCAGACCUUCUACAGAUGGGGACGUUUAAUAACUGAUCCUCCUGACCCAGGGCCAGAGAAACCCAGAUUCUGAUGUCAGAGGGCAGACAUGUUUGUGGUUAAAACACCUUUAAUUCUGAAAUACUGUCAUCAGAUGACUGAGAUUCUGUAGAACUAACAUCUUAGUGAUGAAGACCAGUACAUCAGGAUGUUUAAAGAUGAAAUCUCACUUCCUGUUUAGGUCAGAUCAGCUCAGGGGAUGGCCCCGUUAAAAAUAAAGCUGGUACAUCUCUGAGCAUGUGGUUCUGAUGGAUCUCUGAGACGUUCUCUGUUCCUAUGUUUAGACCAAAGAACAUGUCUGAUUCCUCUGAGACGUUCUCUGUUCCUCUGUAUAGACCAAAGAACAUGUCUGAUUCCUCUGAGACGUUCUCUGUUCCUCUGUUUAGACCAAAGAACAUGUCUGAUUCCUCUGAGACGUUCUCUGUUCCUCUGUUUAGACCAAAGAACAUGUCUGAUUCCUCUGAGACGUUCUCUGUUCCUCUGUUUAGACCAAAGAACAUGUCUGAUUCCUCUGAGACGUUCUCUGUUCCUCUGUUUAGACCAAAGAACAUGUCUGAUUCCUCUGAGACGUUCUCUGUUCCUCUGUUUAGACCAAAGAACAUGUCUGAUUCCUCUGAGACGUUCUCUGUUCCUCUGUCCUCCUCUCCUCCAUCUCAGAUGAAGGACAACGGCACGUCUGGAACAUGCUUGAUUGUUGGAGUGACAGAGCUGACAGGGUGUGAACACAGGGCUGACUCAGCGAUUACCCAUCAUGAGCAUGCACCUUUAGCAUGUAGCAUUAGCAUGUACCUUUCGCAUGUAGCAUUAGCAUGUACCUCAACGGAUUACUGCUCCUAUUUCACAUAUCAUGAAGACUAAAGGGGGAGGGGCUAAACAUGUGACUUAACUGGAGCCAGAUCUGAGGUCAGCCAUGUCCUGAGCUACAAUCUGUCCCUCCUUCACCCAGCGGUGACAUCAUGUUUCUGAAAUUAAUAAGAGAAAUAGAAUGGAAUAGAACACAAUAGACUAGACUAGACCAGAACAGAACAGAACAGAAGAGCACAAAAUAGAGUAGAAAAGAAUAGAACAGAACAGAACAGAAUAGAAUAGAAUAGAAUAUUCAGCUUUUUGGAGCCCCCUACAGUCUCUGCAGCCCCCCCCCCCCAAGCUCUGGCCCAUCUACAGCUUUCUGGUGUUCAGUAUUUCCAUGGUACAGACAGUUUUGUUGAUUUUAAAGGAUUAAGGCCAUAUUCAGUGUUCUAAUGUCUCUAAUGUCUCUGUUCUGUUGUUUUGACGUUGUGUUCUCUUACAGUAUUAUUUGUUGUUGUUCUGAUGUUCUCAGUGUUCUCUAACAGUAUUAUUUGUUGCUGCACAUUUUCAUGAAGCACUUGUGUGUGAUUGUACUGUUGAUGUUUCUAUGAUGUAACCAAAGCACAGUCUUAUUACUUUGGCCUUCUAUUAAACUCACUGUUAU